AUGGAUGAUCAAGAUAUCAAGCAUUUUGUCAGAUUGUAUUAUUUUUCUACUGAUAAUCAUGGAACUACAAGUGAAUACAAGGACUUGUUAUUGCCUGGAAAUACAAUGAUUAAUGCCAUCUCAUUAGAGCAGGAUACCAUUUUGUACUCUCGUGAUCCUGACAGUUACCGGUUUAGAGUAGCUGCUUUACCUGAUAAUUUAUUGUUACCACCUCAUUCUAAAAAGUCUAGCCCUAUACCAUUAACCACAGGACAAACCGGUGACCUUGCAAAAUCCAACUACCAACCAAAUGCCACAGAGUUAUACACUGGUUUAUUAUGCAAAUUAUAUUCAUCGAAUGUUGAGACAGCUGAAACGGCCUAUGAUGCAAGUGAUAUCAGAGGCGUACAAGUCAAUGAAAAUGGCACGUUAUUAGCUGUUUGGACUAAAUCAAAAUCGAUCUACAUUUACAAACGCGGAUCUGCCGAUCGUGUUACAAAAAGUUGGACUGGCGUAGGAAAGAUGUUUGAUGCAACCGCUUCGUAUAUAAACAUUGAAAGUCCUCACCAUCUUGAAAAGCCACUAGAGUGGAUACUGCGUAUGGUUAUCACACCAAAAGAAGGCCAUAUUGGAUUUGUAACACCUAUCGGUGCAGCUAUGUUUUGGAACUAUAAUGAUUCGAAUUUCAUCUCCAUUGGAAUGAAAAAUAAUAUUGUAAACACUUAUUUGAUUGAUGAAGUAGAAGAGCAAAAGGCUGUCAAUUUUCAAAGUUUUAUAAGGGAUAAAUGGGAUUUGUGGACAGUCAUGACAAUGAUUGUGACGAUAUUUGUUGUCAACGAAUACAAGACUUAUUCGUACUAG